AUGGAGGAGCAAGAUGUGAUUGAUCAAUCAUUUGGAGGUAUCAAUGAAUUGUCUAUGUCUCCACCUACCUUAUUUGAUGUGAUUGGAGAGCCACAAUCAAUUCCUUGUGCUGUUGAAAUGAUCCCAACACCUACACCACAAAUGAAUUCCACAAAAUGGAAGGAUUUGAUUAUUGGAGAAGGACAAAUAUUUCCAAAUGCCACUACUCUCCGGAAAACAUUAUACAAGUACAGCUUAUGCCAGAAGUUUUCGUACGUUUUCAUUAAGAAUAAUCAGCAAAAGAUCAUUGUGAAGUGCAAGGUUGAUGGUUGUCCAUGGUAUAUGGGUGCAUAUUCAAUGGGAGCACAUCAAGAUACUGAGUUUUUAACUAUCAGAACGUACAAAAGUGAACACAUUCAUCAUGCACAGGACAACUUAAUUGUACCUCACUCAGGAAGGUCAAAUUUAGCUGCUUCGAUUGUGAUUGAUGACUUGAGGUGCAAUGUUGACAAGAGUCCUAAUGAAAUCAGAAAGGACUUGUAUAAAGAAUAUGGAGUGCAAUUGAACUAUACUCAAGCAUAUAGGGUUAGGAAGAGAGCAGUAAUGGAAUUACAUGGUCGAGUAGAAGAUUCUUAUAAGGUAAUCCCUUGGAUGUGUGAGAGACUCAUGGAAACUGAUCCUGACACAGUUGCAAGAUGGGAAGGCUCAGAUAGCAACCGAUUUGAGAGGCUAUUCAUUGCAUAUGGAUGCUCAAUUAAAGGCUUUGUGGAAGGUUGCAGACCAAUUAUUUAUAUAGAUGGAUGUCAUUUGAGUGGUCCUUACAAAGGAACUUUAUUAUCAGCUUGUGCAUUUGAUGCAGACAAUGAGUUGUUUCCUUUAGCAUAUGGUAUUGUUAGCGGGGAAACAAAUGAUGAAUGGACUUGGUAUCUACAGAAUCUGAAAGAAAUAACCAGAUCAGCACAAGUGACAAUUGUCUCAGAUCGGAGUAAUGCUAUUAUCGGUGCUGUCAAGACAAUAUUUGAUGGUGAUAGACAUGCUUUUUGCUAUCGACAUGUGAAAGAAAAUUAUAGUGCGCAAUUGUUUUGUCCUCAAUUGGCACAAUGGGUUGAAUCUCAUGGGGAUGUGGAUAGAUGGGCGCAAAGUAAAUUUCCUUUUAAGAGAUGGGAUAACAUCACCAAUAAUCUUGCUGAGUCUUUUAAUGCAUGGAUGUUGAAAGAAAGGAAGCACGCCUUGCCGGUUUUGAUACAAGAGCAUCAAGAGAAGUUGGCCAAGAAGAUGGUUGCUAGCAAAAUGGGGAUGAAAAGCUGGAAAAAUGGUGUAGGACCCAAUAUUGAAUCAAAGUUGUCGGAACAAAUAGCAAGAGGUGCGUGUAUGGAGGCAACAUAUUAUGGUGAUGACCAUAUUUCGGUGCAGACAAUACGUGAGGGACGCAUCAUCUAUGUUGCUGUUGAUCUGAUUUCUCACAGAUGCACAUGUUUGGCAUGGCAAAUGAGUGGAAUACCUUGUCCACAUGCUUGUGCAGCAAUCAAACUAGUUCACCGUAGUGUGUAUGAUUAUGUAGAUGAUUGUUACAAAUUGUCCACACAGGAGAAAAUAUAUGCAAGUAGCAUGAGGCCAAUUGCAACACAUGAUUGCCCACAGCCUGAUGCACCUACUGUGAGUCAUAUGCUGACCCAAACAUUCUUGCAUCCACCGAUAACCAAAAGGCCUCCAGGAAGGCCAAGGAUUAAUAGGAUAGAAUCUCAGUUCCAAAAUAAGAAGGUUUAUCAUUGUGGAAGAUGCAAAGAGCCUGGACACACUGCCAAGACAUGCAAGAACCCAAAUCCCAGCUGA